UCGCCAACAAGCGAGACGUCGGAUUAACGGAUCACUCUCUUUCCUUCUUGUUCCCUAUCUCCUCCUAUCGCAUUUCCGUUCGACCCUUUGCUACCUUGGCGUGUCGCAUCGUUCGUUCUGUCAAACUUGGAGUAAAAAAAAGGAUUGAAGGCCUGUGCGUGCGCGAGAGCUUUGGGUGAAAGUAUCGCGCGGGGUGGGGCCGUUUUUUUCGCGAAUCUCGUUGGUGUCGGCCGCCGAGGAAGAUGAAUUGAUCGGCUCGCGUCUAGUCGAGCGAUAUUCGUGGAUUCGUAAUUGACAGCAAUCCAGCCACCGAUUCUCGUUCACGCGUUCGAUCAGUGUCCAAGACAGCCGCGGGAAGAGACAGCCAUGGAGGACGAUCUGCCAACCGAGUACGAUGUAGUUGUAGUAGGAACAGGUAUGACCGAAUCCAUCGUCGCCGCAGCGGCAAGCAGGAUCGGCAAGAGGGUUCUGCAUCUAGAUAGCAACGAAUAUUAUGGUGGUCUGUGGGCUACAUUUAAUUUCGAUGGUUUGCAAAAAUGGAUAGAAGAUUUAAAAACAGUUAAGAGUAAUACUAGAAAUACAAAUGUUGAUUUGAAGGAGGAUGAAAAAUUUUUGAAAGCUAGUGAUCAAUAUUCUACAGUUGAAAACAUUGGAGAAAUCUGGUAUAUUUUCAAUGAUGCGGACUUACCUGAUAUGUCCUCGAAAGAUACUCAGACCGAAAGUUCUGGAGAUAGCGCUGCAAUCGAAGGUGCGGAAAAGACUGAUCAGGACAAGGCUGACAAAAAGGAGAAUGUAAAACAAUGGAGCAUAGAUCGUAUCAAGAAGGAAUAUAGAAGAUUUAAUAUUGACCUGGCGCCUAAACUGUUGUUCGCCCGUGGUGAAUUAGUAGAACUGCUGAUUUCCAGCAACAUCGCGCGUUAUGCCGAAUUCCGUGCAGUCUCUAGAGUCGCUACUUAUAUGGAUGGUAAACUUACCCAGGUUCCAUGCUCUCGAGCCGAUGUGUUUGCUAAUAAAACUGUCAGUGUGGUCGAGAAGAGAAUGCUGAUGCAGCUUCUGACAUCUUGUAUGGAACAAGGUGCCGAUAGUCCAGAGUUCGAUGGUUUCCGUGAUAAAACGUUCUUAGAAUAUCUUAAUACGAAAAACCUUACGCCUAUAGUACAGCAUUAUGUUAUGCAGGCGAUUGCAAUGGCGACGGAUAAGACAUCAUGUAGAGACGGUGUUAAUCGUACGAAACAUUUUCUUAAUAGUCUUGGACGUUACGGAAAUACGCCCUUCUUAUGGCCUAUGUAUGGAAGCGGAGAACUGCCUCAAUGUUUCUGCAGAUUAUGUGCAGUUUUUGGUGGAAUCUAUUGCUUAAAGAGACAAUUAGACGGUGUAGUAGUUAACGAAGAUAAAUGCAAGGCGAUUAUCAGUGGAAGACAAAGAUUAGCUUUGGAACAUUUAGUCGUAGGACAAGGGCACUUGCCACCAGAAAUCGUAGCCUCUGAAGGAGAAAAUCAAAUUUCACGUGGAAUUUUCAUUACUGAUAGGUAA